AUGUCUUCUGCAAAGUAUUGGGAACGAAAUUUUAUAGCGAUGUUAUUUUUUGAUCAGUCUGAAGAUUGGAGCCUCUUGAACUUCCUAAAGUACCUUGACUCGGUGAAGAGUUUGGACGACCGUUCUGAAGCACAUCAUAAGUAUAAACUUCUUUUGAAUAGUAUCAAGGAUAAUAAAGAAAUGUCGGAAGAAAAAAGAAAAAAGGCUGAACAGGCACUAGGAAGGAGGAAGGAGUGUCAGUUGAGGCUGAAGAACCCUGCCAUCGAGGUGAAUGAAUCCCGUUCUUUCGAGAUUGGAGAAUUUUGGCUUCGAAUAUCUCUUAAUGAAAAGGCUACGAAAAGUACCGAAAGAAUUAUCGACCAAAUUAAUAUAGUACAAGAUGAAGCGAGCGAUGUUUUAGUUCUCAGCAAGAGAGACAAUCUUAGGAGACUACGAUCAGAUUUUGAAAUUGGAGACAAUACCGAGGGAGAUGGUGGACUGGGAAAGAAUGAACCUGAACGGCCAUGUACACCGGAAGAUAAGAUCCGUACUGUUAUAUUCGAUGAACAUGUGGAGACCAAAACGUUUAAUAACUCAUUUGACGAAUUUGUUGACUCCGGCGAGACUUCUGGCGAGACUACAGAAAUUGCCGUGAGACAAUGUCAGCGAUAUGGGCGCAAUAAUAGAAUGAAGAUGGAGGAAAUUAAACGAAACAAGCUAGCGAUUGCAAAAAAACUUCAGGACGAAAUGAAGGCUGAAUAUUCAGCAAAGUAUCGCAAAUUGCGUCCGGAGAACAAAUGGAAAUUGCCUUCCGGAAAGUUCGUUGAAGAUAUUCUAUAUGAAUAUACAAUAAAUUUGGAUCAUGAAAGUUUUAUAUUCGAUACAAGUGAUGAAACGAUCAUGAAUCUUUUCAGUGAACUUGAUCAGCAACACAUCGGAGAAUGUAAUAUUCCUUCAGAACCGCAAGUAGAUGACACUUUGCUAGAUUUUCUUUUACUCUACCGACAAAAUAAUCCUCAAGAUCUGCGUAGGGUAAUCAACAUCGAUAUAGAUUUAUCUUCUUAUAACCCACGGAGAAAUUAUGACUAUUACUACGUUCAUGAAGUUUUUUCUCAUUUGCCUCAGGACUUUUCUAAUCCUCACUUAGAGGGUUGGUUCAAGACGAACCUCUGGAGCAUAAUAGUAGAUAAUUGUUUUUUAGAUGUAUUAGAUGCAGAAUUUAUUCGUGGUGAAGGUUGCUCUCGUGUCUCAGGGCAACGAAAAAACAAGGGCAGAAAAGAUUCAAAAGUUCGAAAGCUUGUCGGGCGUAAGUGUGAUGGAAUCUUACGAAAGUUGGGGACACCAGAAGAGUUUGCGAUAAGUGAAGAGGGAAAAUUAUGGGAUGGGGAAGACGGAACCAAAUUCUUGGCCGAUGGAUUUAAGAAAUUACCAAAAACUAUGCGAGACACACUAGUUCAAAAAGUCAAGAAGUUUAACCUCAGUUUUGUAAUUUCUCAUCAAUUAGAAGUUGUGGGUUUCCUUCAUUCUGGUCAAUAUCUCCAGCAAUUAGUUAUGGAUAUACCAUGUGGGUCAAUUUGCCGAUUACGUAGGUUUCCUACUACGAAGAUUCCAGCAAGCUUGGACGAAGUUGAUGAAUUAAUAGCAAUGGUGAAUGACAUGCUUGUUGCAAAAUUACGAAUUAAAAGAUGUUUAGAAUCUGUGAAUAAUUAUUAUUCUAGCAAUAUAGAACUGAAGAGACGCUUGAAGAACAGAAAAGAAAUCAAAGCAAGAGGAGAUAACUUUCCAGAUACACAGAAGACUCCAAAAGCGAAAAGGAUUAAGUUAGUAAAAGAGAUCGAAAUCAGAAUUUAG